AAAAAAAAAAAAAAAAAAAAACCUCCAGCUGCACCAGGACCAACCCAGAAUCGAAGAACUUAUAAUGGUUGCAUGCCUUUCAUGUGCAGCCAAUACUCUCUCAACAACUACUCCAUUUCUGAGCUCUCAGAUACAAAGUCACUCCAAUAACCCAAAGUUUGGUUCUCAAGAAGCUCUAAUCGUUUUUCAAAACUGCUCUAAUUUCACUCAUCUCAAGCUUGUACAUGCUAAGAUCAUUCGAAAUGGCCUUUCUAAUGAUCAAUUGCUUGUUAGAAAAUUGCUUCACUUGUGCUUCUGUUAUGGCGAAAUUGAUUAUGCCACCUUGCUUUUUCAUCAAAUUCAAAACCCACAUACCUUCACAUGGAAUUUCAUGAUUAGAGCUUAUACCAAAAAUGGUAACUCUCAAGAAGCUCUUUUUCUCUACAAUCUUAUGAUUUGCAGGGGAUUUCCGCCUGAUAAAUUCACUUUUCCUUUCGUUGUUAAAGCUUGCUUGUCCUCUUCUGCUCUUGAUAAAGGAAAAGAGAUUCAUGGGUUUGCUAUUAAAACUGGAUUUUGGAAAGACACCUUUUUGCAUAAUACUCUAAUGGAUCUUUAUUUCAAAUGUGGGGAUUUUGAUUAUGGGCGUAAGUUGUUUGACAAAAUGCGUGUUAGAAGUGUUGUUUCGUGGACUACUUUUGUCGCUGGCCUUGUUGCUUCCGGCGAAUUAGACGCUGCCCGUAAAGCAUUCGACGAAAUGCCAAUGAAAAAUGUUGUUUCUUGGACAGCAAUGAUCAAUGGGUAUGUGAAGAAUCAACGAGCUCAGGAAGCUUUUGAAUUGUUUUGGAGAAUGCAGCUCGAUAAUGUGAGGCCUAAUGAGUUUACACUCGUUGGCUUGCUAAAAGCAUGCACUGAACUUGGGAGUCUCCAGUUAGGUAGUUGGAUUCAUGAGUAUGCCUUGAAAAACGGGUUCAAACUUGGAGUUUUCCUUGGGACUGCUCUUAUUGAUAUGUAUAGUAAAUGUGGUAGUUUGGAGGACGCAAAACAAGUGUUUGACAAAAUGGAAAUCAAGAGUUUGGCAACUUGGAAUUCGAUGAUCACUAGCUUAGGGGUGCAUGGUUUUGGCAAGGAAGCGCUUGCUCUUUUUGCACGUAUGGAGGAGGCAAAUGUGCAACCAGAUGCAAUCACUUUUGUAGGUGUUUUAUGUGCUUGCGUGCAUACGAUUAAUGUAGAAGAGGGUAUUAGGUAUUUCAAGUAUAUGACAGAAUGCUACGGUAUUAUGCCUGUUUUAGAACAUUACACUUGCAUGAUUGAACUCUACACUCGUGCCAACAUGUUGGAUGAGGUUAGGGAAUUAAUCAACUCCAUGCCAGUGGAACUUAGUAGCAGUCCAGCAGCAGCAUUGAUUUUGCAAAGCAUCAUUGAUUGUGAUGCUGAAAAUGAGAAAUUGUUUGAUUUUCCGGGUAAGGAUUUAGACUGUUUUGCAACACCUACUUAUUUGUCCCAAAAUCAGUUACAAUGCUUCGAAUGGGAUGUUGGUUGACAUUUCUAGUUCAUUUCUGCGACAUUAUUGUAGUUAAAUGUAACAUAAAUUGAGAAUUUUAUACAAACAUGUCCCAACAUUUAUUUUCUGAAGGAGCCAAAUGAUAAACUUUUGGCCACUAGGCGUAACCAUCUUCGUUAUUCAAAGACAGAAUUCAAGUAGAUAUGACAAGUAUGCAAUUAUGUACAUCGAAUAAGUGGGCAUAAAUUGUAUAAUUAAACUACAUCUGAUAUUCAUUACACAUAAGCAAUGUGAAAUGGUGACAUUUCUCUAGUUUUGCAA